AGCCCAGGCGGCCGGGAGACCACGUUGCUCCCACCCAUCCACCCACAUUCAGUGGUGACUACCCGCCAGGGUUCACGCCGCCUCACCCAUGGGGAACAGCAAAAGCGGAGCCCUGUCCAAGGAGAUCCUGGAGGAGCUGCAACUGAACACCAAGUUCACGGAGGAGGAGCUGUGUGCAUGGUACCAGUCCUUCCUGAAGGAGUGCCCCAGUGGCCGCAUCACCCGACAGGAGUUCCAGAGCAUCUACGCCAAGUUCUUCCCGGACUCAGACCCCAAGGCCUACGCCGAGCACGUGUUCCGCAGCUUCGAUGCCAACAGUGAUGGCACUCUGGACUUCAAGGAGUACGUCAUUGCCCUGCACAUGACCACUGCGGGCAAGCCCAACCAGAAGCUGGAGUGGGCCUUCUCCCUCUACGACGUGGAUGGCAAUGGGGCCAUCAGCAAGAACGAAGUGCUCGAGAUCGUCAUGGCAAUUUUCAAAAUGAUCAAUCCUGAGGAUGUGAAGCAUCUUCCAGAUGAUGAAAAUACCCCUGAGAAGCGAGCUGAGAAGAUCUGGGGCUUCUUUGGAAAGAAAGAUGAUGAUAAACUUACAGAGGAAGAGUUCAUCGAAGGGACCCUGGCCAAUAAGGAAAUUCUGCGACUCAUCCAAUUCGAGCCUCAAAAAGUAAAGGAAAGAUUAAAGGAAAAGGAAAAGAACCCCUGA